UGUGUUUGUGCACCAGAUUUCAUUCUUGAGAAGAAAGUCUUUGGCUACGCAUUGAUUUUAGACAAACAUCUCGCGUAACUGACACGUGCCGCGGAACGGAUUUUUCUUUGAAUAUUUCCUUAGUUCACAAGUUGUAGUCAACGAACAUAAAUAGUUUUGUGAAGAAAAAUAUAUAAAGCACAAGCAAAAUGAGUUCGUUGAAGCUCCAAAAACGGCUCGCAGCCUCGGUUCUGCGUUGCGGCAAAAAGAAAGUUUGGUUGGAUCCAACCGAAAUCAAUUUGGUUGACAUUGCCAUGAAAAGAAAAGACAUUCGAAAGUUGAUCAAAGACGGUAUCAUUGUCAAGAAGCCGGCCGUACGUCGCUCCAGAUAUCGUGUGCGCAAAAAUACGGAAGCUCGUCGUAAGGGUCGUCACAGUGGUAUUGGAAAGCGCAAAGGUACAGCCAAUGCACGUAUGCCAUCCAAAUUCAUAUGGAUGCAACGUCAACGUGUUUUGCGUCGCCUGUUGAAAAAAUACCGCGACAACCGCAAAAUCGAUCGUCAUUUGUACCGCGAAUUGUACAUGAAGUGCAAGGGCAACGUGUUCAAGAACAAGCGUGUGCUGAUGGAAUACGUUCACAAGAAGAAGGGCGAAAAGCAACGCGCAAAGGUGUUGAACGAUCAAGCUGAAGCCCGUCGUAAGAAGGUGCGUGAAGCACGUAACCGACGCGCAGAACGAAUUGCCGUCAAAAAGCAAGAGCUCCAACAAAUCCACGACGAAGAGGACAAAUUGGCCGCAGCCGCUGCUGAUAAAAAUUAA